AUGUCUGAAUCGUCGGUGUCAAUCCCAUCGACUGUGAGACGAAGGGCCGAUUUAAGUCAACUUAGUGUAGUGGAGAAAGACGCCAGACGAAAGCGUCUUAAUCGGAUUGCUGCACAAAAGGCGAGAGAACGUAACAAGGAAAGGAAUAAACAACUGGAAGAGCGCGUUCGUCUUCUUGAAUAUGAGAAUUUUCAAAUCAAGAAAUCAUGUAGUUCUUAUAAAACUGAGUGCGAGUACGAGUGCCCCUCAUAUCGCGGUGACUCUAGUUUCUUCCAUGCUGAUGACGAGUUUCCCGAUAUUGGUUCCGAAGUUACCGUUUCUUCUUCUCCAUGUCAAGAAGAUCUCGUGCCGGAUGAAACCAAUGCAAUCACUGAUUCCAUUUACAAUGACGAAGCCCUUACAUUCUUUCUUGGCAAUUUAGAGCCCUCAGAUUGUCCUCUCUCACCUGGUUCCGUCAGUAUUUUAGAGGAAGUCGUGGAUGACUUCCUCCGAUCCUGGAAACAUUAA